AUGGAACGGCCCGGGAUUCGGCGGCCGCUGCAGCGGACGCUGCGGAGCUGCUAUGCGGCGGUGUUGCCCCUGGAAGCCGCCGUGCAGCGCUUGCAAGCCGGCGUCCAGGGCCAGCCGGAGCCGCUGGUGCGGGACUGGGACCCCCCAUGCUACCGCAGCCUGGUGGGCGGCUGCUUGGUGGGGCUGCCGGCCGAGGCGACCUCUCCUCGGUUCUCUUUGCAGCAGCUUUCCAGUCCCCGCGAUGUUGUCGAAAGGGUCAUUCAGAGAGUCUGUGAGAAGCAUAAGAGGAACGUCUUGGCUUUUGGCUAUGCCCUGUUGGAGGAGAACAAACACCCCUUGCCCGGCUCGCCCGCCAUCUGGAGCUUUCUGCCUAAUAACACAACCGAAGCCAUUUGCCAGAGUGUCCUCUGGGAAAUGGUCCUCAGCAGAGUUGGGGACGAGCUCAUGAUGUACCUGUUGGAGCACUGUGCGCUCUUCGCCCUGGUGUCUCCUAGCUGCUGCUACCAGAUCUGUGGGCAACCUAUCUAUGAGCUCACCGGAGGGACCACAGUGGCCUCUCCUGUGUUCUUUAGGCAGAGGUAUUUCACCCCAUCCCACAAUGUUUUAUCCAGGUACCUGCGAGGAAGGCUUCGGUCUCGUGCGCGUUACCUAGGCAAGGCAAAACAGAGGAAGCGCAAAUCUAAAAUAAGAGGACAGGACCCACAGGAAGGUUUAGAUUGUAACUCUUUGGGUUCUCCUUUGGUUGGCCAGAACUGUACAGAGAGCAAGCCAGUCACAAGGAUCGGGGACUAUCUGGUGAGCCAGCGAAGUCCCAGUGUGCGGUCAUCAUUUACGGCAGUGUCACUAAAAAGGAGACUGAAGAAUUGCAGUGAAAUGCCUGGAAAGAGAAUUAAAACCACACCGGCGGACGAAGGGUCAGGAAAACAAACGUCUCUCUCCGAGCACCAUGAUCGAUUUAUUGGGAAUGGUGGCAGAAAUGAACCUGGAGGGGGUGUGAGGUCCUGUUUGGCGGACGUCCCUGUGAAGGACAUUGCUCAAGAACGUGAUUCUGGAGCACACACCUCUGGCGCACCUUCCAAGACUCUGGCAAAUCACAAAUUCGUUGCGUGUGGUAAGGCCUUAAGGGUAGAAAGUGAAAAGGAAACACUCCCAGACGCCAGGGCUGACGUUCAGGUUGGAAGAGGCGUCCUUAGAGCUUCUCCCACGCAGAAAGUAAUUGCAAAAAAUAUUACUACAGAUGAACACCUUAAAAAGAACACGUGGUGUUCAGUUGGGGAGUCUUCUGACGCACCGGGAGAAAUUAAGAUGCAUGACCUCCUGUAUUCUCGUUGGCCACGGAAAGAGCAUUUACCUAAACUGUUUGUGCUGAAUCGCUUAAAGGGUUAUGGGGCAGGGGGACGAAAGCUUGUCGAAACUAUCUUCUUGAGUGACACAGUUCUGCGGCGGCCCAACAAUUCCUGUCCCCCAAGUCCCCAUCGGAGGAAGAAGAGGCUUCCGAAGCGUUACUGGCAGAUGAGAGACGUGUUCCAAGAACUGCUGUGGAACCAUGCGAGGUGUCCGUAUCCAGCAGUGUUGAAAAGGAAUUGUCCUCUUUUGGUUGCAGACAAAAUUGGUGUAAGAAAGCAAGGUGAGAGCUUAUCAAGGAAGCGGCAGGUCGGCGCUGAAGAUUGCCUCAGAGGUGUACGGGAUGAUUUGUGUCCGUUCCCAGAAACAUCUAGUAGUUCAAGCAGAAUUGGCGAACACGUCGAGUUGAGUCAAGGAGAAAGUGAGGAGACAACCCCCAGAGACGCCUCCAGGACCAGUUUCCUGGCGCUCCUGAAGCAAAACAGCAGCCGCUGGCAAGUGUACACCUUCGUGAGGGAAUGUCUCGAAAGGGUGGUCCCCGCAGCACUUUGGGGUUCGAACCACAACAAAUGCCGCUUCUACAAAAAUGUAAAAAAACUCGUCUCCCUGGGGAAGCUGGCCACCUUUUCUCUGCGGGAAUUGAUGUGGAAAAUGAGGGUGAGCGAUUGUGCCUGGCUUCGCCUGACCAAAGAUAGUGGCCGCUCCAUUCCUCCCUCAGAACACCAUUUUCGUACAGCUCUGCUUUCCAAGUUCUUGUACUGGCUGAUGGACUCCUAUGUUGCUGUACUCCUCCGGUCUUUCUUCUACAUCACAGAGACCAUGUUUCAAAAGAACUUGCUCGUUUUCUUCCGAAAGGCUGUCUGGAGCAAGCUGCAGAGCGUCGGAGUGAGGAGCCAUCUUGCAAAAGUGCACCUUCGCGCCUUGUCGAAGGAGGAGCUGGAAAGCCUGCAGCGGAGGAAGUGUGUCCCUUUGGCAGCCAAGCUCCGCUUCAUCCCCAGGAUGAAUGGGCUGCGGCCGGUGGUCAAGCUGAAUAGUCUGGUGGGAGCGGGGAAGUUCUGCAGAAAGGACAGAGACAAAAAGGUUCAGUACUUCAACACACAGCUUAAAAAUUUAUUUAGCGUGCUUCAGUACGAGCGAAUGAAGAACCCCAGCCUGCUUGGUUCGUCUGCCUUCGGGAGAGAUGAUAUCUAUGCCAUGUGGAAGAAGUUUGUCGUGAAAGUUUUGGAAUCAAACGCCCCAAUGCCUGCGUUCUAUUUUGUGAAGGCUGAUGUCAGUAGGGCUUACGAGACAAUUCCCCAUAAUAAGCUUGUGGAAGUGAUCUCACAGAUCCUUGGUCCCCACAACAAGACCAGCUACUGUAUUCGACGUUAUGCCGUGAUCAUAAGGACGAGGAAUGGGCAGAUCAGAAAAUACUAUCGGAGACACGUAUCAACUGGGAAGGACUAUAUGCCAGACAUGGGACUGUUUGUUCGUCAUCUUCAACAGAGCACCCCGCUGCGGAAUGCGGUAAUAGUUGAACAGAGUGUUUCUCUGAAGGAAAGAUGUUCCAGUUUGUUGGAGUUUUCCCAGCAGCUAAUCCGUAACAGCAUCCUGAAGAUAGAGAACAGAUACUAUGUCCAGUGCUGCGGCAUCCCCCAGGGCUCCAUUUUGUCAACUUUGUUUUGCAACCUCUGCUAUGGAGACAUGGAGAACAAGCUGCUGCCUGGUGUGCAGGAAGACGGGGUGCUGAUGCGUCUAACGGAUGACUUUUUAUUCGUGACACCUCACUUAGCAGGAGCCAAAACCUUUCUGAGGACACUGGCUGCGGGCAUUCCUGAGUACGGCUUCACAAUAAAUCCAGCUAAGACCAUGGUGAACUUUCCUCUGGAUGAGGAUAUCCCAGGCUGCUCAGAAUUCAAGCAGUUACCAGCUCACAGUAUAUUCCCGUGGUGUGGCUUAUUAAUUAAUACCCAGACCCUUGAAGUGUAUUGUGAUUACUCCAGAUCAACAGUCUUAGGACGGUCUGUAUCAACCUUUACAAGAUAUUUCUGCUGCAAGCCUACAGGUUUCAUGCAUGUGUUGUCCAGCUACCCUUUAACCAGCCAGUUAAAAAUAACCCCGGUUUCUUCUUGAGGCUCAUCGCUGAUUCCACAUCAUGCUGCUUCUCCAUUUUGAAAGCCAAAAAUGCAG